CUCCGCAAUCACGCAGUUAGUUUAUCAAGGCGCGGGACCCUAGUUCAGCCCUUUACCGAAGCACUUCCCUUUCGGUGAGCGGUGAUCGAACUCCUCCCCCCGCGCGGAGCGGGGCCGGCGGGAGCGGCGGCGGCGAUGGAGCCGGCGCUGGGCCCGGAGUUCGAGGAUUCCCUGUUCGCGCCGAGCCGGGAGCGGCGGGAGGGCGGCGGGGACGGGGCUCGGUGCGGCGCCAGGCACUGCGAGCCCCGCUGGUUCCACAGCGCGGCUGACGGCGGGGAAGGCGCCGGCGGGAUCACGACCAGCAAGUUCCGGGCGGACUGGGCGUUCCGGCAGCGGGACUUCGAGAAAGCCCUGUGUGAAUACUCGGAGUGCCUGCUACUCUUACCUGCCAGCAACAUUGCAAUGAGACGCGAUGUCCAGGAGGGCCAGGCUCGGUGUUUAUCUCGCCUGGGAAGGCACAAGGAGGCUCUGGAUAUUGCAGAAAAAAUGAGAAACAGCGCUACUAACACAGAUCACUUAACGACGGUUCUCAACCUGCAGUUUUCCAUUUACCAGGAUCUGGAAAAUGUGGAAAAAAAGAUGAUGUGUCUGCAGCAACUGAUCUGCUUACAUCCUUUCAGUCCCUGGUUCUGGAAAUUACUUGCUGAAGCUUAUAUGAGCCUUUUACAGAAAUUGUCUCCAUUGGUCAUUCCGGAAGCAAAUCUAAAUCACUCUGAAGAGGUUUGUGUAAGUAAUAACAGUUUCAGAACAUCGACUGGCAGAGAGAUUCAUUUGCAGCCUCACAGAUGUGAUGGCCAGAAAGAAGGCCCUUGGUUCAGCCUUGCUGCAGAAACAAAGGAGGAGAAUGCAGUGACUUGUCCCAGCAGCCAAGUGGUGAAAGAAUUCCUCUGCACUUCAGGAGAGCUGGAGCGGACAGACAAAGAGAAAUGUGCAGACUCCAAGUCCUGGAAGCAGAACAUGUUAAAGAAGGUUGGGAUAAAAGCAUGUGCCUCAUUUAUUAGAGCAAGGCUUUUACUUCAGCUUACCCAGUCACAACAGUUGUCCUUUGUGCUAGAGAAUAACAGAAAAAGUCAAAAGGAAAUUGAUGACAAAGUGGCUCUACUUGGUUUUGAUGAAAACUCCUUGCUGCUGAUGACUAAAGCUAUGGGGCAGGAUCUUAUACCAGAAAAACUAAAAGAGGAGUUUCAGGGUGAGGUAAAAUGCAUAAGCCCUUCAGCACUGUCAUCACUGGUGACUGCUUCAGUCAUGGAAUUUGAAAUUAAAUGGUUUGGUAAUCUCCAAGAUGAUUUAUGCCACUUUGACAGACAAUUUUAUUCCGAUAUUUAUCUCCCACCUUCAGUAACAUAGAUGUUUUGUUGUAUUUAUUCUUGUAUUUCUAAAUGAUUAUGGCAUGAUACAUGCAAUAAAGUUCAU